AUGGCCUCCAAGCGUUCUCUCACUGAAGUGGAUUUCUCCUGUCCUGUGUGCUGUGACGUCUUCAAGGAUCCUGUCAUCAUGACCUGUAGUCAUAGUGUGUGUAAAGUCUGUCUGCAGAAGUUCUGGGAAGCCAAAGGGUCAAGAGAAUGUCCAAUUUGCAGGAAAAGAUUCACAGAAACUCAACCACCCCCUAACUUGGCAUUAAGGAACCUGUGUGAGACCUACUUACAGGAAAAAAGUCAGAGAGCUUCAGCAGGGUCUGAAGUGCUCUGCAGUCUGCACAGUGAGAAACUCAAGCUCUUCUGUCUGGAGGAUAAACAGCCUGUGUGUCUGGUGUGUAGAGACUCAUUGGAACAUAUUAAUCACAACUUCAGACCUGUUGUUGAGAUAUCAAGGCAAUUCAAGGAGGAACUUAGAAUACAGCUGGGCAAGAUAAAAGAAAACAAGAAAACACAUGACAAAAUUCAACAAAAGUGUAAUAAAGCAGCACAACACAUUAAGAAACAGGCCCAGCACACAGAGAAGCAGAUCAGAGAGGAGUUUGAGAAGCUUCACCAGUUUCUCCGAGAUGAAGAGGCAGCCAGGAUAGCUGCACUGAGGGAGGAAGUGGAGCAGAAGACUCAGAUGGUGGACAUCUCAGCUCUUUCAGACACAAUCAAAGCAUUAGAGCAGGAGCUGAGAGCUGAUGAUAUCACAUUUCUGCAGGUAGGAGCAAUCCACGGUCCAUCAAGUAUUUCAAGAGCCCAGUGCACACUGCAGGAUCCAGAGAGGGUUUCAGGAGCUCUGAUCAAUGUGGCAAAGCACCUGGGCAACCUGAAGUUCAGAGUCUGGGAGAAGAUGCAGGAGAUUGUUCAGUACACUCCUGUGACUCUGGAUCCCAACACGGCAAACCCACUUCUCAUCCUGUCUGAGGAUCUGACCAGUGUGAGAAGUGGUAUUUCUUUACUUCCUGAUAACCCAGAGAGAUGUAACAGGUUUUACACUGUCCUGGGCUCUGAGGGCUUCAACUCAGGGACUCACUGCUGGGAUGUGGAGGUUGGAGAGAGAAUGCUCUGGGAGGUGGGCGUGAUGACAGAGUCUCGCCAGAGGAAGGGAAAACAUAUUGAUGAUGACAGUGGACUGUGGUAUGUGUUGCAUAUCAAUGGGACUGUAAAUGCAGUGUGUUCUCUAGAUGGCGUGACUCGCUUAACAAUGCAGCAGAAACUCCAGAGGAUCAGAGUGCAGCUGGACUGGGACAGAGGAGAGCUGUCAUUCUCUGACCCUGAUAAUAACACACACCUACACACUCUCAAACACACUUUCACUGAGAAAGUGUUUCCAUACUUUCGAAAUUCAAAUGAUAACUUUCCUUUGAGGAUCCUACCAGUGAAGGCUUCAGUGAUGGUAGAUGUAACUGUAACAGUUGUGCCAUGAUCAAGAUCACUGGCUAUGU